UUGCCGGCGCUCGCAGCGAUCGGUCGAUAGGAUGGCGAACUCCGACGGAGCGAUGAUAACGGCCGUUGCCGGCCGCGGUAUCUCGUCUGCUGAUGAUUAUAAGAUGCUUCUGCCUUCUCUGCCUUCUGAAGCAGCCACUGUGAAUUCUGUUUUUCUACACUGCGACGUAACCGGCCGUCCGUACCGAAUUGAGGACUUUCGAGAAGAACUGCAACGACUGCAAAUCCUCGGCGACGUGGCGUCUUUUGGCGCCUAUCAAAUGAACCACGUGUGGCUCGUCACCUUCCACUCUGCGUCAACGAGGAACCGGCUGCUCGCCGCCAAGGAACUGACUGUCAAAGGCAAGCGAUGUAUCCUCAUAGACCCGAAGAACUCGGAAACCUGUCUGAAACUUCACUGGGUGCCUUAUCACGUCCCCGACGACACAGUUCGACGAGCACUGGAGCCAUAUGGCAAAGUACACGAAGUAACCCGUGAGACGUGGAGAGCCCAAGGUUUUCAAGGAGUCCAGUCAACAACAAGGCUUGUUCGGAUCACUCUCAAGGAAGGCGUCAGUAAAGAAAGCGUCCCGCAUCAACUGCGUUUCUUCGGCGGCUCUGCACUCGUCCUAGUGCCCGGACGAGCCCCGCUCUGCCUUCGGUGUAAGAAGACCGGCCACAUCCGAAAGGACUGCCGCGUCCCCCGUUGUGACGAUUGCCACCGCUACGGCCACACAAGGGAAAACUGCGUCAAAUCUUACGCAGUGGCAACGGCUGGACCACUUCCGGACGAGAACACCGACCUUAUUAUGGACGAAGCGGAAGCCGAGCUAGCUGCCAGUGCGAACGCCACCGUAAGGACGCUUCCUGCGGCCCCGAGGAUUGCCGAAAUGCCGACGUCUGAAACCAGGGAACCUACUCCACAGGUCGAGCUCCCCUCGGACGCUCCCUCUGGGGAACCACAACAAGGUGGCAUGGAAGCGCCUGUUACAACGCCGGAGAAAGAGUCGCAACUUACAGCCAAGAUACCAGAUCCAGAUGGUGGGUUCUCUGACAGCGAAAUGCGGGACGAAGCCAUGGUAGCGGGAGCCGCUACACCAACCAAGCGACCGCACGAGCAAGACCGAAGCCCUGGGGCAGAGGACGGUAUGCCGACCCAACAGCGUUCGAAACUGGUCACGCCGUGUCGCGGACGGCGCAAGCCGCCCACGCUCCGUGCGGCUCUGGACAACCGCCUCGAGACGGACUCUUAGCACGGAACCUGGCACGAACCUCCUACCGCGGCUCGUAGUGAGUGCUUCUCCUUGCUAGUUCGAGCGCGUCAGUAUAGGGUUUUAGGUUCCUACCUCUUUCUUAGCUAACAAAUGAAAAAAACGGUUUAAUGUAUUAACCCUAAACUGCAUCAGACUAAUUGUGCGGAAGAGAAAACAAUGGGUACUCAACGAACUACUGAAAAGGGAUGCCGAUAUUGUGUUCUUACAGGAGACGAAGCUCGCCUCCGACUUACAGGUACAAGAAAUGGCUUUGUUUUUUGAGAGACACUUCAGUCUUUUCCAUUCUAACGCUGUCGCGCACAGCGGGGGAGCGGCUCUUCUCAUUCGAAAAGAUAAAGCUUUCACGCUACUUCCCGAGUGGGAAAGUGAUAAGAGUGGAAGGAUCUGUGCAGUAGAUAUGCUGUUUCACGGUGAUAUCUUUAAGCUUGUUUGUGUGCACGCACCAAAUGCGCCAGCCGACCGCAAAUCGUUUUUUAUCAAUCUACGGGAAUACUUAGAUACGCCUGCAAAGGCGAUACUGGCGGGAGAUUUCAAUUGUGUUUUAAAGGCACGAGAUUGCUCCAACGGGCUAAAAUCGGACUCCAGUGUCGUAGAGUUGAAUAAACUACUGCGGGAUUUCGAUCUUCAAGAUGUGACAGAGGUGGUGGCAGCACCGGGUCUAGUAUAUACCCAUUGGCAGGGCACUUGUCACGCCCGUCUCGAUCGAGUGUACGCUUCAAGUGAAUGCGUGGCGACUGCUGACGCAUACUCGGUUACCCCUGUGGCCUUCUCCGACCACGCAGUCGUUUCGGUCUGUUUAGGAAGAGCAAAGCGUAAGGAAAAAAGAGCCUCGAGCUGGAGCUCCUGGAAAAUGAAUGAAAGCCUUUUAGAGGAUGAAACUUUAAUUAAGCAAAUUAAGGACGUCAUCCGGAAUACAAGCGAAGUAGGCGCGGUAGAUGCCGUCAGCUGGGAAUUGCUCAAAGAAGUAAAGUUAAUUACUUUCCGGUUCAGCCAAGAAAAGGCUGCACGAGCGCGAGCAGAGAAACGCUCCCUAGAAAAUACUCUGCGAAUCUUAGUUCGUGAAGAAAACCAUACUCCAGGAGUAUUCGCGGAAGACAUUCGCGAAUGCAAAUCGAAGCUGCUCUCGCUUCUAGAGAAGGAGUACCAGGGAGCGAUGGUGCGAUGUAGGCUGCAAGCGCUACAGCUCGAAGAAAGACCGGUUAAAAUCUUCAAAACUAAAGAACGUUUGCACGUACGCCGCAACCAAAUCACAUCGCUACGAACUGGAGAUGAGAUUGUGUCGGAGCAAGAGCGAAUAGAAAAAGAAUUGGUCGCCACGUUCACAAAACUACUGGGAGGGCAAAAAUAUGGAAGUGGAACCUGUCUCGAGGAAUUCUUGGAAGUUAUGCCUGAAAUUCCUUCAGAGAUCUCGGAAAGAAUAAACAGUGAAAUUACGGAAAAAAAAUUGAAGAGUCGAUUAAAACUCUUAAAGUCAGGAAGUCACCCGGAAUUGACGGCCUAGGAUCACUGUUUUAUAAAAAGUUCACGAAUCUGCUAGUCCCGCUGCUUCGGGCCGUCUAUCAAGACAUUUUAAAACGCAAUUUGCUGCCACCGUCGAUGCGACAAGCAUUGACUGUGCUUAUCCCGAAGAAAAACACUGCCUCCAGUGUCACUACUGUAGACAACCUAAGACCAAUCAGUCUACUGACCACAGACUACAAAAUUCUGGCGAAAAUUCUUACCAAACGUCUGGAGGUGGGAUUAAGCGGCAUCGUAGGAGAGCACCAGCCCUACGGAUUUAAAGGCAGAUCCAUCACUACAAACGCGCACACAAUGAGAAUCAUAUGUGAGACAGCGGAGGCGGAACAGUACCCAAUUGGAGUACUGCAAGUAGACCUCAGCAAAGCGUUUGACAGAGUGUCACACUCCUUUCUUUUUGCGCUUCUUGAACGAUGCCGCCUAGGAGAAAGGCUAACGAAGUACAUAAAAAUUUGCUCCAAAGACAUCACAACCCGGCUGUUAGUGAACGGACAACAAACUGCCCCGAUAGAGGUCAAAUCGUCAGUUCGGCAGGGAUGCCCGAUGUCGCCUUUGUUAUUUGCUCUAUAUUUGGAACCUCUGUGUAGAUCAAUCAUGACCGAUGUCAAUAUUUGUGGUGUUAAUCUAGGUUCCGAGCCGACCAAAAUAUUAGCCUACGCAGACGACGUCGCUUUGAUCUGUUCGUCGAAGCUAGAGCUGGAACUGGCUUUGAAUCAUAUAAAGGACUUCUGCAAACUAUCAGGAGCAGCCAUGAACACCUCUAAAUCGACCGGAUCCUGGCUUGGCCCGUGGACGUUCAAACCAGAGGAAUAUAUGGGAAUAAAGUGGUCUUGCUCACUCGAUAAUUACCUCGGUAUUGGACUGGCGACGGAAUCCUUGAGCACUGGCCAUGAAGGUAUCCAUUUAAACAAGGUUAACGGCAAAAUGAACGAAUGGUAUGGAAGACAUCUCUCUCUUUUUAACAGAACGUUUGUCUGUAAUUCUGUCUUUUUCUCGAGUGUAUGGUACGCGGCACAAAUUAUACCAUCCCGGCAAGGAGAGAUCCAUAAAUUCCACAGACUUUGUGCCACGUUCAUCUGGCAAUCUUUAUUUGAACGAAUGCGUAGAACCAAUUUGUUUCUGAGCCUGUUCAAAGGCGGUUUGGGGCUUGUGAACCUAGAGUUAAAAAUAAAAGUUCAACGCUUUCUGUUUUUCCGGGACCAGAUUAAUCCGGUGUCAACACGAGCGCUAAAACGUCUAACGGGACGGUACUUGCCCUCCUGGAUAGUAAGUACGGAAGAAGCCUCAAUGAAAGCACCAGUACUCAGAUUUUAUAAAGAAAUUAAUGAUGCGAUCCACUUCUUCCACGCCAGGUUUUCCUGGGACUACCUAAUCCAAGUGAACAGAAAAAGGCUGUAUUGGGAUACUGUUGACUUAGUCAUUCCACCUCCAAUGUACCGCCCCCCACCGGGAAAUUCAGAAGGAUCGAGUGUAUUCAAAAGAUUGCGUAAAUUCCCUGUAAAAACAAGCAUCAAAGACUUCUUCGUAAAAUUUCAUGUAGAAGUGCUGCCUGUUAAAACAUGGCUUGAGAGAAAAGGGUUCUUUGUAGCAUGGUCGACCAAUUGUGCACUGUGUCCUUUCCCGGAGACUUUGCAACACGUUUUUCUGCUCUGUACUAAUGCGGAAAUAUUCUGGUCUGAACUUCGAAAUGCUUUUAACAUCAGUGCACAGUUGAACUGGGAGAACUUGAAAUAUCUUCAAGUGGAGACGGGUGAAAAUAAAAAAUGCACAGAAGUGCUAUUGCUGCUCGGGUUGCACGCCAUCUGGAGAUCUCGAACGGACCACACGCUGGUGUUAGAAAAGGGCAAACCUGCUUGGCACCACUUUGUUGACAACUUUGCAUACACCAGUAGCCUCCUGGAACACACUGAAAUGCCGGGUUUUGAGUCAUGGCCAGCGAUGCAAGUCGCUUUAAGAAACUAUAUGGUAAAAAGAGGAACAUUUAAGCACUAGACAUUGUAUAAUGUUCAAACCUCUAUGUGAAUGUACCGGGUUAUGCAUAUGUAAUAACGUCUCAUUUUGUGCGAGUGCUCUUUGGCCAAGGUGGCCCUCUGUAAUGCUUUUAAUAUGUAAAUAAACACAUUUUACAAAAAAAAAA